UGUGUAGUUCGGCAGCUUGUUUGAUGCCACGUGCUUUCCAAAUCGAGUGUUUCCUAGAACGAGUACGAAGUCACGUGUGUUACUGUUAGUAAACCGUUUUACGGAACGCUUAUUCACUGUGUUGAAUGUUGUUCUUGAAGAAAUGGUUGUGAUGGGUGCUUUAACCACGUGUCGGAGCAGCGGGCAGCUUUCCCUACAGAGGCUGUGAAGCAGCGAACGAUGUGGGCGACUAGUUGAUCGUGACGCUCGCCGGUUCUCUCAAGGUUGGGCCAAAUGUGCCAAAUCCUGAGCGUCUAGAAGGGGUGGUCCGUUGUAGGCGCACCGACCUAAGAGAUUCGUGAACCGCUGACGUGGCCAAUCUCCCUGUGCAGCUGUGCCGUAAAGAAGGGAUAGACUUGUCCUCGAAGGGCUUUACAGCCUCCUUCGAUUCCCGAGAGAACAUCUUUUCAACAAUUCUUCGUGUAUCCUGUGAUUAAUUAAUCUCAGCUAUGAUUGGCCAGUGUUGAGGAGGUGGUAAUAAAAAAAAGGAAAAUAAGGAAAGAAUUACAUUUUCCACUGGCCCGUAAUACCCGAUAUUUCUCGUUGAAGAUUCAUUGCAAUCAUUAGAUUUCUUGAAUACAAAUGAAAUUUCGCGCCCUGACAAUGGACAAACGUCAGUGGUUUCGCUUCUAGCAUUGGCUGCUUUUGAGAGAUGUCACAUAUUCGGCCUGGAUCAGGCCUGAUGCAAGUCUGAUGAUCUGCUGUGGACACAUCUAGGACAGAUGUUGAUUCAAGUAAAUAGAAAGUAUUACGUUCUGUUUUCCUAACAAUGUUCGUCGUCCGUAAAGUGGAAUUUGUGAAUGUGAAGAAGGUAUAAUUGAGACACAAAUAUAAGCUGCAAUGACAAUUUGAUGAAAGUCAUGGAUCAAGCGCAAAUAAAAACAGUAAUAUUUCUGCUUUGGAAUGACAGACUAUCUCGAACAUGUGCCCUAUCGGUUCUGGUUGUAUCAUUAUUCUUGACAGUUUCUUUAAGUCUUUUGUCUGGUAUUAUUGUUCUUGGGGCGUAUGUCGGAGGAUUUUUCGCGUUUAGCACGGUAUUCAGUUACAGAUCUGAGGCACCAAAUUUGUUAUCUCUUCUGAUUGGUAAACAGAGAUGCAAUUCAUCCUCAUCACAACAUAAACAAUGCCAUGUUUGUGGUGAUGGAAAAUGUAACCGGCAUCAACCUAAAUCUAAUUCUCAACAACCAUGGGUUGAUCUUGAUGUUCCUGAAGAACUGGAUGAAGCAAUUGAAGAUUUUCUUAACAAGAUAUUAGAUGAAUUUAUUUACACCUGGUACCGUCAGUUGUCAGCUGAUGAGAAUUUUGUCUUGGAAUUACGUCUUAGCAUCCGUCAUGCUGCAUCAGCUUUAUUAAGAAGAGGACUUCAAUUGGAUUUGGCACAUGUUGUUACAAAUAAGUUGAUACCAGCCGGAUUAAGCCACUUGGAUGAUUAUUUGGGCAGUUUAAGACUAAGUCGCAAGCAACACUUGCCUAUAGAUAGGGCAGCUCUGCAAUACCUUGGCCCUCGCCUUCAUCCAGCUGCUCGCAAUAGAGAAAAUGAAUUAGAAUACCUUCGUAAACUUACAUCUCUACUGAUGCCCCAGCUUUUGCCUGCACAUCAACUUGCUUGCCGAAAUUACAGCACACUGGUGCGGGAAAUCUUAGCAGGAUGGGUGCUGCUUCCGUUGGUGGACGUUCUUGCAGAUCCCUCAAUUGUUAACAGUCUUCUUCUAUUGCUACUUGAGAGAAACACUCUCACAGAGUAUCCAAAUACUUCACCUUCACGGGUAGAGUUCUUAGCUCGAUUUGUAUCAGUUCCUGUAUCCCGGAAUUCAGCUCUGCGCUUGGAUAUUUCUGGUGUUCUUAAAGACCAAGAGCUGUUGUAUCCAUUCAUGCAGUUUCUGAAAGGAGAAGGAUAUGUCAAUGUUUUGCAGUUCUGUCUGGAUGUUGAGGAAUUCAAUAGGAAGAUGCUGGUCCCAGAACUCAAUUCACAAGAUUUGGAUAAUUUGUACAAAGAGGCAUGGGACUUAUAUUCUGUAUACUUCAGUCCCAAAUCUCCUGAUAGAAUUCCAUUUAACUCAGCUGUUGUUCAGGAGAUGCAUACUAUUUUACAGGAACCUGCUGAGAACAUCGUCAAGCUUCGUACAACCCCACCUCUUUUUCAAGCAUAUGAAUAUGCUUUUAGUCAAUUAGAGAACGUUCUGGGUCCUCUUUUCCACCAAAGUGAUGAUUAUUUCACUUUGCUGUGUGGUCAACGGUUACCUACAGGGUACAGCAAAAGUGGGUCCAGUUCUCCUAUGCUGCAAGGAUCUCCUGCUAAAGGAAGAUCAAAUAAGAAGUGGAAUGAAGGAGGUGCUGUAGCACGUCUUAGUAGUCGAUUGCACAAAAUCAAAGGUGUUUUGAGAACCCAACCUGUCGAAGGACACACGUAUGAUGUGACAGAUGUUACUGAUCCUGGACUGGAUUUGGGAGAAACUGAUUUUGCUGAAGAUUUACCUAUUGAAGAAGCUACAACGUACAGAGAUUUAAGUGCUUGGAGAGUAUCAAUUCCAUCUGUAGAAACUCGCCAAGAUAUUAAUAGUAAGGCUGUCCCAGUAUAUAUAAUUAAUGUACAGAGAAUUGACGUUCGUUCAGAAGAUGAUCCAGAAUCAUACCAUUGGGUAGUUGAAAGAAAAUACAAUGACUUUUAUGUUCUGGAGAGUAAACUUACUGAAUUUCAUGGGGAAUUUGAUAUUCAUCUUCCACCAAAGAGGAUUUUGUUUGGACCUCGAGGAGUGGAAUUUAUGGAAUCCAAACGUUUGUACUUCGAAGACUUUCUUCAGCGUCUUUUACAAAAACCUAAUUUACGUGGAAGUGAUCUCCUCUAUUCUUUCCUACGAUCUCCAGCUGAAUUUGUACCAGCAAGUGGUGGCAUUGCUGCAGUUCCAGAAGGUUUGGGGCGCAUGAUUCGAAGAUCUGUUCCAUUGAGGUUGCGAAAAGAGAGGGGGCAACAUUUAGAUACCUUCCUCAGCACGUUUCUGACUUCCACAGAAGGUGGCCGUGGUAACAAAAAUACAAAAUUUGAGUGGAAAGAUGUUGCAACUGACACUCCUAGAAGAAUAAGAUGUUUAACCAAAGGCAUUUAUGGGGACAAUUUUGGAGUACCUAGCAAUCAGCUGCUCUUUGCUAUUUCCGGAACUACUGUGAUGAAUGUGCCUAUCCAAGGAAUCUUUGAUUGUAUAUUAUACUUGACGGUUAAAGUGUUUGGAGCCCCUCCUACAUUUGUUCGAUUGGCUUUAGCUAUUCGUGCCAUGGCACAUAAUACUGUCAAUGCAUUGUGCUGGUUCUAUCUUGAUAGAAAACUUAAAAAGCUGCUAGUGGCACCAAGAUUAGCUCAUUUGGUUCGACUAUUACAAGGGGUCAUCUUCUCUCCAAAAGGAAAUCCUCCUACUGCUCAAGACUUCGCAGCUCGGGCUGCUCGUACACAGACCCUUCUUCAGGGACUUCUGCCGCAUUGGCUAACUCGAUGGGCAGGCUCCAAAUACACUGAAGGAAUUCAGACCGUGUUCUCAGCAGUUCAAAAUCCUGCAUUGAACAAACAAUUGGUGUAUAUACUUUUGGACACUCUGGCUGUUGAACUAUACCCUGAUGUGGUAACUGGUGAUCGUCUCCCUUCUACCGAAAAAUAAACGUAGUUCUUGUGUUGCUCAUUGAUAUAUUUGUUGUAGUCAAGAAGUCAUUAUCACAUUCCUAGUCUGUAGUACAAAGUUAGUCUUUCAUUUGAUGACAUUCCAAUAAACUUGUACACCUACAUUGUAAUACAUAAGGCAUUAAAAUUGCUGCCUCAUUUUAAAGUGGGGCACAGUCUAGAUGUUCCUUACUUGUAUGUUUUAGUUGAAUGUAUCUAUAGUUCCUUGUUAAUUUUUGUGCUCUCUGUAAAAAGUAUAUAGAAAUUCUAGAUGCAUUUCUAGAAAAAAUCUUUACUUUGUACAAUCUGAGUAAUGUAAUUAAGGUGAAUGUCAAUAGAAGCUAGGACUUCCGAUGAAAGGAACGCCCUGAAAAAGAACAUGAAAAAUUGUUGAGAUAGGCUUGUAUUUUAAUGUACAGUUGUUAUUUUUGUUAACCAAACCCUGUUGCCUCAUAAAAUAAAAAAUAAAAAAAGAAAGCA